AUGACUGACAUUCACCCCUUCAAGAUAAACAUCCCACAAGCCAAGCUCGACCGCCUAACCCAAAAGCUUGCCCUCGUCGAUCUUCCACCAGAGAUCGAAGGCAUUGAACCAUGGGCAAGAGGCGUCCCUCUCACCGACCUAAAGCGCGUCCUUAAGUACUGGACGGCCAAGUACGACUGGCGCAAGACAGAAGCAAAGCUCAACAAUGACCUCCCACAAUUCACAACAAAUAUCCAAGUCGAUGGCUUCGGCAGUCUGAACAUGCACUCUGUACAUCAGCAGAGUAAAGCGAACAACGCCAUACCACUGCUCUUCAUUCACGGCUGGCCAGGAAAUUUCACCGAAGUCGAGAAGAUUCUUCCGUUGUUGGUGUCGGGUGAUGGUGUAGAUACACCUGCUUUUCAUGUCGUGUCGCCUAGCCUGAUUAACUUUGGCUUUUCGGAUAGAGUGACCAAGCCUGGCUUCAGUCUUCGUCAGCAUGCGGAGAGUUGCCACAAGUUGAUGCAGAAGCUCGGUUAUGAGAAGUAUGUCAUUCAAGGAGGCGAUCUGGGCUCUUUCGUUGCGCGGACCAUGGUUCAGCAUUAUCAGCCAGCUAUUGGAGGUCAUUUGCUUAAUCUUUGCAUUCCUCGUGCUCCCACGAAGGACCGAGAUCCUGAACUGUGGGAGAAAGUGCAAAGUACGCCGUUGACGGACGAAGAGAAGAAAGGUCUAGAACGCUCGAAGCAGGUGCAGACGGAAGGGAUGGGAUACUACAGAGUACAAGAGACCAAACCACAAACCAUUGGCUACAGUAUGGCUGAUAGUCCCGUUGGUCUUCUGGCAUGGAUAUAUGAGAAGCUCCACGACUGGACUGAUGACUAUCCCUGGACUGAAGAGGAAAUUCUGCAAUGGGUCUGCAUAUACUACUUCAGCGUGCCUGGCCCGAAUGCAACACAGCACAUAUAUUACGAAAGUACUCACGAUCCAGCCUCGGGUACUUUCCAGAACUACAGCCCUGUCCCGCUAGGUGUGUCAAGGUACCCAAAAGAACUUACGUUGCUGCCAAGACUGCACCACGAAACGAUGGGACCAGUAGUGUUCUGGAACUUACACGAGAGUGGCGGACAUUUUGCUGCAAACGAAAAGCCAGAAGACAUUGUUCAGGACUUGAGAACGAUGUUUGGCAAGGGUGGACCCGCGGAGGGUUGCUGUGGACCUGAUAGAAAGGGCUACAGUAAUUCGGCGUCAUCGUAG